GGGCCCUGCGAGCCCUUAAAGGAGAGCGGCCGUCCUCCUCCCCCGGCGGGGAAGGCGGAAGAGCGAAGCAGGAGCAGCAGCGGCGGCGGCAACAACAACAACAACAACCGCCCCCGGCCGUGCCUGGCUCCGCUGCGGGUUUAUAUGCACCUGGGAGCAUUACUGCUCGCCCUGGAGAAGAAAGAGAAGGGGCAGCAGCGUGACCGCGGCUCACCUUCCCCGGCCAUGUGCUCGGUAAGCGAGGGUAGCAGUACGGACCCCUUGGUGGCCCGCUUCAAACAGGUGGAGGAGACGCUGGAGAAGCUGCACCGGGAAAACAGGAGCCUGAAGAAUAAAGUGCCUCGGUACAACGCGCUCUGCACCUUGUACCACGAGUCCGCUCAGCAACUGAAGCACCUCCAGCUGCAGCUGGCUGCCAAGGAGGCGACCAUCCGGGAGCUGCGGAGCAGCCUGGCCCGGCGGCAGCAGCAGCAGCCGCAGCCGGCGGCGGGCGGCGAGGCGGAGGCGGCGGGCGCGGAGCCGGCCCGCUCGCUGGUGGAGAGCCUGCUGGAGCAGCUGGGCCAGGCCAGGGAGCAGCUCAGGGACAGCGAGCGACUCUCGGCGCGACGAGUGGAAGCUCUGAGCCAGGAAGUACAGAAGUUGAAUCAGCAGCUAGAGGAGAAAAACGGAGAGAUACAGCAGAUGAUAAAUCAGCCUCCAUAUGAAAAGGAGAGAGAAAUCUUACGACUUCAGAAGAGCUUGGCAGAGAGAGAGAAGGCUCAGGCCACCAGCGAUGUUUUGUGCCGUUCACUCACUGAUGAAACUCAUCAACUUCAACGCAAAUUAGCAUCCACAGCAGAAAUGUGUCAACAUCUGGCAAAAUGUCUAGAAGAGAAGCAAAGAAAAGAGAAGGGGAAUUCAGAUGACCAGAUACCUACCGAAAGAUCUAAUCAGCUUUUAGACAAUGAAACUUCACUUCAAGCUCUUAUCUGCAACCUACAAGAUGAAAACAGGAUGUUAAAACAAAAAGUAGCUCACGUGGAAGACUUAAAUGCAAAAUGGCAGAAAUACGAUGCGAGUAGGGAUGAGUAUGUGAAGCGACUCCACUUGCAGCUAAAAGAGAUGAAGUCUCAACUGGAGCAGCAGCAUGGUGUAACUUCAGCACAAACGAAUUCUGACCUGAUGCACAAGGAGAUAUUCCGGUUAAACAAGCUACUGGAGGAAAAAAUGAAUGAAUGCAUAAAAACAAAGAGAGAAUUAGAAGAUGUGAAGAAGGCUAGUGAAGGAGAUAAUGAGCGCAUACAAAUGCUGGAGCAACAGGUCCUAGUUUAUAAAGAUGAUUUCACAUCUGAGAGAUCAGACAGAGAACGAGCACAGAGUAAAAUACAAGAGCUUCAGGCAGAAGUUGCAUGUCUGCAACACCAGCUAGCAAGAAGACAGGACUCAAGAGACACAAGUAGUCAUUUCAGAGUUCACAUUGGUAACCAAAAUCAUAUGUACGUACAGACGAACGUUGAACAUCUACGAGGCAAUAGCCAGGCCAAACAGGCUUGAGAAGAACAUCUUCACAGUCUGAACAAGCUUCUCCUCCUGCCAACAAUGGAAACUCAGGAUCCGAGGGCAGGGCACAGGGUGAACUUAGAUGCCCUCAUUGUAUGAGGUUUUUCAGUGAUGAACUCAGUGAUGAAUUCCUCAAGCAUGUUGCUGAAUGUUGUCAGUGACCACGUGACGUGAAGCAUGUAAGUUGAUCACUACUUUAUAGACAGUAAAACUCUUAGGAAUUAGGAGGAUGAACAAUAUCUACCUCUUAUUUGAUUUCACCUUCUCUUGGACUGUAUGAAAGACUUCAAGAUAAAGCAAAGUGUUUUUAUGAAGAACUAUUUUUAACAACUGUGAGGAAGGCAAGAAUAAUGCAAAUUCUACUACAAACUAAACUGAAACUUACAGUGGUAGUUAGCUUCAGAGUGCAGCUUGACUUGUGUUUGAGUCUAAUUCUUCACAGCAGUCUGAAGUCUUGUGAAAAAAAUUACUGAACCUGAAAUUUUCCUCCUCUUCCAAAAACGUAGGCUGAAGAACGGGGGAGAAGCAUUUUGGCAGAAGAUAG